AUCGAAAGUAAAAUUUUUUGUUGUUCCAGGCUCCAUUUUGAGACAUCGCAGCAAAAACAGAAGGGAUGAUACAUUAAUAACGGGGCCCCUCUCACUACUAGUCGCUGACAGCAGCCAGCCAACCACGUGAUCUCUGCUGCCGGCAAAAUACAAAACCUCGGCAGUCAUCAUGAAGCGGAUUUAUGCUUCUGGAAGCCAGAAACGAAAGAAGAGAAAGGAAGAGGAGGAUAAGAAAAAACAAGAUAGUGCCUGCUGCUACUCAACAAGGAGCACCAGACCAGUGCCCCAGAGCUCCUGUCCAAGAGAACGAAGGCUCUCCACCACAAGGAUUCCACCCAUGGCAGAGUUAAAAGACAGGGAUGGUGACAUGAACAUUUUGUGCCCAAUUCAACAAGAGGGACCAGACUCCCCUGCACCCAGCUGUGUGUCCAUGAAGACGGACAAGUCUAUGGAGGAGCCCAAUAACUUCAGAGAGGGAUACUUUUCUACUGAACAAAGAGACCCACAGGAGAGAUCAGAGUCUGGGAGUCAUCAAAAACACCUUUCCUCCAUAUUCAGUUUACUUGAACAAAAUAUAAUGACCUUUUUGAAGAAGGAGUUGAAGAGUUUCCAGACAAUGCUGAGUACAGAUUUCCCAGAAGGCUUUGAGAGUAAGAAGAAGGAUGAGGAUGGUGUGGACCCUGAAGAUGAGAAGGAGAGCAGUGCCAAAGAGUGGGUUCGGAAGAUUAUACUGAAUUUCCUGAGGAACAUGAACCAGAAGGACCUUGCUGACAGACUAGAGAUAAUUCAGAUUGCUGGGAUAUGUCCUGAACUCAAAUUUAACCUGAAGAAGAAGUAUCAGUGCCUAUUUGAGGGUAUUGCUAAACAAGGGAAACCAACACCUCUCCAUAAGAUCUACACAGAGCUCUACAUCACAGAGGGUGGAAAGGGAGAUGUCAAUAAUGAACAUGAGGUGAGACAGAUUGAGACAGCAACUAAGAAAAAAGCAAGACCAGAAAAAGCAAUCAAAUGUAAUGACAUCUUCAAACCGCUACCUGGACAAGACAAACCUAUCAGAACUGUGCUGACAAAGGGAAUCGCAGGAAUUGGAAAAACAGUCUCUGUGCAGAAGUUCGUACUGGAUUGGGCUGAAGGAAAAGCCAAUCAGGAUGUCCAAUUUGUAUUUUCCCUCCCUUUUAGGGAGCUGAAUUUGAUGAAAGGGGAAGAACUCAGUUUGAUUAAACUCAUCAACCAUUUCUCAAUCGAAACCACAAAAGCAAGAAUCUCUAAAUACAGCGAAUACAAAGUUCUGUUCAUCUUUGAUGGUCUGGAUGAGUGUCGGCUGCCCCUUGACUUCCAGAACAACAAGAGCUGUUGUGAUGUGACAGAGUCAACCUCAGUGGAUGUGCUGCUGACAAACCUCAUCAAGGGAAAUCUGCUUCCCUCUGCUCUCCUCUGGAUAACUACCAGACCUGCAGCAGCCAAUGAGAUCCCUUCAGGGUGUGUUGACCAGGUGACAGAGGUGAGAGGGUUCAAUGACCCACAGAAAGAGAAGUACUUCAGGAAGAGAUUCAGAGAUGAGGAAUUGGCCAGCAGAAUCAUCUCACACAUAAAGACAUCAAGGAGCCUCCACAUCAUGUGUCACAUACCAGUCUUCUGUUGGAUCGUUGCUACAAUCCUUGAGUACAUGUUGACUACAGAUGAUAAAGUAGAGCUGCCAAAGACCCUAACAGACAUGUACUCACACUUCCUUGUGUUUCAGUCCAAACAAAGGAAUGUAAAGUAUGAUGGGAAAAAAGAGACAGAUCCACACUGGAGUAAAGAGAGAAUUCUAACACUGGGAAAACUGGCUUUUCAACAGCUACAGAAAGGCAAUCAGAUUUUCUAUGAAGAAGACCUGAAAGAGUGUGGCAUUGAUAUCAAUGAAGCAUCAGUGUACUCAGGAGUCUGUACACAGAUCUUUAAAGAGGAAUGUGGGCUGAACCAGGACAAGGUGUUCUGUUUUGUCCAUCUUAGCAUUCAGGAGUUUCUAGCUGCGGUAUAUGUGUUUCUCUCAUUCAACAACAACAAUGAGAACCUAAUGGAUGAACAACAAUCAACAGACAGGAAUGUUUCUGAGCAGUUAAGAGACCAAGUCACAUUCUACAAGACUGCUGUGGAUAAAGCCUUACAGAGUAAGACUGGACACCUGGACCUAUUUCUCCGCUUCCUUCUGGGUCUCUCACUGGAGUCAAAUCAGAAGAAUUUACGAGGUCUACUGACAAAGACCAGAAACAGCUCACAGAGCCAUGAAGAAACCGUCAGGAACAUCAAGGAGAAAAUCAGAGAUAAUCCCUCUUCAGAGAGGUGCAUCAAUCUGUUCCACUGUCUAAAUGAACUGAAUGACCAUUCUCUAGUGGAGGAAAUCCAAAGAUAUCUGAGUACAGGAAGUGUCUCUGCAGUAGGACUUUCAUCUGCACAGUGGUCAGCUCUUGCCUUUGUGUUACUGACUUCAGAAGAGGAGAUUGAUGUGUUUGACCUGAAAAAAUACUCCACAUCAGAGGAAGGUCUUCUGGGGUUGCUGCCAGUUAUCAAAACCUGCAGAAUUGCUCUGUAA